AAUAUAUGUAUAAAUGUAUAAUAGUCUUUACUUUCGUUUUAAGAUGAUUUUCACAAUGUCAGCAGUCAGCACCGUGUUAAAUCAUUCUCGCGUCAACUAGAAUCCACAGCUGGCAAUAUGAACAAGUCUCCUUUAUGCUUCAUCAAUUCAUAGAAAACAAAUACCGACACAUAAAAAUUUAUAUUAUGUCACCAAGUCCCUUUCCUUAUCCUAUUCCUGCUCUUGCUUCAUAUGUUUCUGAGGAGUUACAGUUAGAUUGAUUAAUCAGGAAAGAUUUUGUUGAAAAUUCAAACCACGUUAUUGAGAGUAGUGCUUUCAACAUGUGGUUUUCCACAUGGUCUCUAUUGUUGAAUAUAUGUUUCGUUGUCAAUGCAUUUCUCUGCAACUUCUUCAAAUUAAUUUUAAAAUCUCAUUUGGUUUGUUAAAGUUCAAGCAAACACAGCAUGGCUCCAUACAUGUGACUUUAUUUUUAGUAGAUAGGGUACACAUGAAAUUGUGGAUAGUGUCUUUUAAAGAGUAAAUUAUCAGUAUAUUUCCUAUUAAAAUGAGUGACACAAGGCCACAGGGUUCCAAUUACAUUUGUUCUCUCUGAAAAAGUAGAUUACUAGUAUUUUUUUCUGAAAUCUGUGUUUAGCUGAUGAAGAGAAUAUGAACACUGUCUCAUGUUUCAUGUACAUUUUUUUCUUUUACUUGUAUCCCUCACACCUACAACUAAUUGCUGUUGCUGACAAGGGCAGUUAUGUUCCCUCAGAGAACAUAGUUCUAAACUGUGGCUCCAGCACAUCUGGACUUCUAGAAUAUGAUGGAAGAAACUGGACCGGUGACAUUGCUUCACCACAUGUUCAUUCUAAUGCAGAACACACCAAGUCCUUAACAGCUAGAGCUCCUUCAACUCAAUCUAUUCCUGAAGUUCCCUACAUGACUGCUAGGAUCUUUCAGUCUCAAUUCGCCUACACAUUCAAUGUAACUCCAGGUCCUAAAUUCAUUCGCCUUCACUUCUACCCAGCUUCCUACUUAGAUUUCAAUGUCUCCAAUGCUUUUUUAUCAGUCACUGCUGGUAACUUCACUCUUCUCCAUAACUUCAGUGUUUCCCUCAAUGCUGAUUACCUCAACUUAGCAUAUUUCAUGAAAGAAUUCAUUGUCCAUGUAAGUGGGAGCAGUUUGGAACUUACUUUCACAGCAUCAUCUAAUGCUUCUGAUGCCUAUGCAUUUGUGAAUGGGAUUGAAGUUGUUUCUAUGCCCCUUGGUUUGUACAUUCGUGGUGAUGAUGCCAAUCUUCCUUUAGUUGGCCACUAUCCCAAAUUGUUGUACCUUUAUAAUGAUUCUGCCAUGGAAAAUUUAUACAGAUUGAAUGUAGGAGGUGAGCAAAUUCUACCUAAAUAUGAUACCGGGAUGUUUCGCACUUGGGAUACUGAUUCUGGUUACACAUUUGGGGCUUUUGGGAUUCAACCCUAUAACAUGACCGUGCCAAUUGUGUAUACAGAUGAUAUUCCAGCAUAUACUGCCCCGGAAAACGUCUACCGCACAUCACGUUCAAUGGCUACCUUUGAGAAUGGCCUUGUUAAUUUAAAUUACAAUCAAACAUGGCUUUUCCCUGUUGAUUCUGGCUUCAAUUAUCUAGUUAGGCUUCACUUCUGUGAAACUUUUCAAGAUAUAAUAAAGGAAAAUGAGGUAGUUUUCUCUGUGUUUUUGAAUAAUCAAACAGCUGAAAAGGAGUUUGAUCCAAUUGCCCUGAGUGGAGGGCCUGGAGUUGCAUUGUACCAAGACUAUGUUGUGACGGUUCCUCAAGAUAAUGAGGCAAAUCAGGAUCUGUGGCUAGAUCUGCACCCUUAUAAGUAUUCUAAACCUAUGUACUACAAUGCUUUCUUGAAUGGUGUGGAGAUUUUUAAACUGAGCAGGUUUGAUAAGAAGAAUCUUGCAGGGCUUAACCCUCCCCAAAGGAAGUUUGGAUCAGCUGAAAAAAAUGCUCCUCAUGCUGCAAAAUUAAGAAACUCAAAGAAACUCAUAUUUAUCCUUUUUGGAGUUUCACUACCAAUUCUCCUGUGCUUAGUUCUAUGCAGGUUGAAGGUGAUUAGACCUAGAAGGAUCAUAUCAUGGUUUGGUCUUGUUGCACUUCCACCUAAUCAAAUUGAAAACAAGUCAUCAUUUUCAUUGAGAGCGAUAAAAGUGGCAACAAAGAACUUUGAUGAGGCUCUACUUAUAGGCACAGGUGGAUUUGGCAGUGUCUACAAGGGUAGCUUUGAUGGUGGGGUAACUUCUGUAGCCAUAAAACGUGCCAAUCCAAUGUCAGAACAAGGUGAUAUGGAGUUUGAGACAGAGAUUAAAUUGCUCUCGCAGCUCCGGCAUAGCAACCUAGUCUCACUUUUGGGUUACUGCAAUGAAGAUGGGGAGAUGAUACUGGUCUAUGACUUCAUGGCUCAUGGAAGUCUCUAUGAUCAUCUUCAUUUGAGGCAGAGGGAUCAAGAUCAACCCCCUUUGUCAUGGAUUCAACGUCUGGAGAUAUGCAUUGGAGUUGCAAGAGGUUUGCAUUACCUGCACACUGGCACACAGCAAAGGAUCAUUCACCGCGACAUCAAGACAACAAACAUACUCUUAGAUCAAAAUUGGGUGGCCAAAAUAUCAGAUUUUGGGGUGUCAAAGUCAAGCUACAAUUCCUUAAGCACCACCAAUAUCAAGGGUACCAUUGGUUACCUAGAUCCAGAGUACUAUCAGUGCAACAAGUUGACUGAGAAAUCUGAUUUAUACUCACUUGGGGUGGUGUUAUUGGAGGUGCUGACUGCCAGGCCUGCUAUAGUUCCUGGUGAAGAUGAUGAUGAGUGUGCAAACUUGGCUGAAUGGGUUGUGUUCUGCUUUGAGAAUGGGAAUUUAGAGCAAAUAGUGGACUCCAACUUAGAAGGAAACAUAGUGAAGGAGUGCUUUGAGCUGUAUAUAGAAGUUGCAAUGAAAUGUUUGGCAGAAAGAGGGGUGGAGAGGCCAUCCAUUGGUGAGGUGCUAGAGAAACUUGUUCAGGCAUUGCAACUUCAGAAAAAUUCAGGUACUGGUGUACAUAGGAAUGAUAACACUGGUUUGCUGGGGUAUUCAGAUUUGACACCUGGUGUUGAGUUCUCUGAUAUCAUGAUGCCUGUUGGCAGGUGAAUGUGAUAUUCUGAAACCAAAUUGUAUCAAUGCAUUGCUAUUAGAUAUCAAGACUUAAUUUCUUCAAAUAGUUUGUUUGUUUUGUCAGUUAUAAGGAGUCAAAAGCAAUGACUCAUUCCUAUUUAGUGAAAAGUUGUGCAGGUU